AUGGCCACAUACUCUCCUCAUCGUGAGGAGCACUCACCGAAGAGUGCCUUCUCACAUUUCGACCCCCAUUCUGCCAUACGCGAGAUACGCCGUUCACUAUCUCGCUCACCUUCAAAAGGCUCAGAGUUUCGUCAGCAGUCACUUCGAUCCCCCGGACCUGGCAAAUUACCAUUCUCGCCUUCUCCGCUUUCACCAUCGAGGAUUGCGACCUCUGACAAUUUUCUACAUCUAGGUGGUAUGAGCUCUCAUCCGAAUCGAAGUGCUUCUGCCCCGCGUUUCCCACGUCCUCCCCUUCGACGAACAAAUCAAUCUCAUGGGGUGUCUCGCCUCCGCACUUCGCCUAGGAGUCCUACGAAACGAAUCCUGACGGAUGCCAGCGACAGUGGGAACUCAUCCCCUAUGCCACUUCGCAAGAGGACUUCGGCAGAGGCAGAGCGCGAACUGGCUUUGAAAAGUUUGACCGCUGGCGAGGAAAAGGAAAACGAUAAAUCCGUCAAUGAACCCCUCAGCUGGAAGAGUGUUCAUACUCGCCAGGAGAAAAGACGAAGUGGUGGGAUGUUGAUCACAGCCGUCGCUCCUUUAAGUCCUAUGAAAAGAUCAGACGGCCCAAGGUCCGACGAAACACCAGGCUGCGAGAGUCCUUCAGCGAAGAGGAGAAGUCUCCACGGGCCAGGCCUCGAUUUCAGCAUAUUCGAGUCUGAUAGUUCGGAAAGUGGAAUGUUCGGUGACAAACGAGCGCAAGAUGACAACGAUUGGUUUCUGAACAACUCUUUCUUGUCAUCAUCACGAUUUUCAACGAUUCCAAAACGGUCCUCGUCUUUACGGAAGUCGACCAUCCAGCAGAGACAGAUUGACCGAUCGAGCAAUGUGAAAUUCCAAAAUGCCACGGAAGGGGACAAGUCUUGGUUAGACUUCACUCCAAUAGCAAACCCCAAAAAGGAAAUGCGCAUGUCUCUGGAUAACCACAUGAAUCCAUUCCCAGGCGACAGUCCAUUCCCAAGUUCAGGGAAUCUCCUGAGCGCAUCGAUCCAUCCGAUGACUACGAUGCAAACCGGCUCGUCCUAUCAGCCUCGACAUCCCCUUUCCCGCACCAUGACCCAGUCGUCAUCUCAGCCUGAUGAGCAAGACGAUUCACCUACCCAUGAACCGAUGCACCGCCCAAGCAGACCUCGUUCUCAUGAUUUCUCAAAAUCCUUGCCGGUUGGCUCCUCUAGGCCAGUUCCAUCUCCUGAAGACAACGAAUUUUCCUCCCAGACCUCUUUCGCUACUCCAGGCAAUUACAAAUCUGCUAAACCCCUGCCGGCUGCUUUCAUGUCGACUGGUCUCAUCUCGAAGAAGAACCGCAAUGUGGACGACCCGAAUGCCGGCCUGCCCAAAGCCCAUAUGCCAGAUACGCCCUGCAAAAAACAGCCAGCCAUCUUUCAGAACGAGGAGAAAUUCGCAAAGAGUGCUGUCAAUAGGAUCUCUCGCCAAUCUUUCGGUGUCCCCCCCAGUCCCCUCGAAGGGGGCCACGGUCCUUCCAAGGUGUCGGCCUUUCCAUUCUCCAAAAGUGUUGGCAUAUUUGGACGUCGACCCAGUCGACACAAUUUGCUUCGAGAUGGAAGUUUAACAUCCAUCGACCCCGAAGAGAAAGCGAACGGUCGCUCCCCACUAAGUCGGGCAAACAGCCAGUCAACCGACUCUGAUUACCCCCCUACACCUACCAAACCUUUGACAGAGCUUCACGAUCGAAGUUCAGUUUCUCCAUCACCACACCAACCAGCCUUGUCCACCAAUCGAGUAAUCGCUCCUCCUGCCCACGUAACUCGUUUGUCAAGCAGUAAGUUGUCUCCUAUUGUAGCAUCGCCAGGAUGCGUCGACCUGGACAGUGACAGCGUGAUGGAAGAUUCCCCAUCCGCCAACCUGAGACCAAAGUCGGCGCUGACUGUCGUCACCCUCCCGGAUCCCGCUCUUUCCCAAGGCCGGACUUCGAAAGAUCUCAGAUAUCCUCUCUCGACGAGGAGGACGAUCUCGAUUCCGACAAUCCCUCCCCCUGCUUUGGAACGUGCUAAGAGAACAUCUGUGCCUCCAGUAAGCCCAAGGAUUGAAAAGACAGAUCGCGGGUCUCCUCACACGCCUCUCGACAGCUUCUUUCCCCCCGACCCAAGUGGCCUUACCAUUUCAGGACGCGCUGAACGUCCGCCAACAAGGCAGAAUAACAUGGCACCUAUCAUUCCAGCAACACCAACUGGGCCACGAGAAUACUUUUCGAAUUUCUCCAACCGUCCAAGCUUGAACCUCACCUCAUCGGACGCCACGAACAUCGACAGUAGCUUGACGUCAAGGUUUAAUAAGGUUGACCUUAUUGGCUCUGGGGAGUUCUCGCAAGUCUAUCGAGUCGCGCAACCCCCGGAGACAUCGCCAUUCCAUAAGAUCUAUUCCGUGUCGACCAGUCGUCCAUCCUCGAGAAGUUCUAUCCCGGAAAAGGUUUGGGCAGUGAAGAGAUCCCGGGAUCCUUAUACUGGUGCUCGAGAUCGCCAGAGAAAAAUCCACGAGGUGGAUGUGCUCAAGGCCUUGGGUCAUUCAGAUCACAUUGUGACUUUUGUCGACAGCUGGGAAGAAAACGGCCAUCUGUACAUUCAGACAGAAUUCUGCGAAGAGGGCACGCUUGACGUCUUCCUUGCACAGGUUGGCCUGAAAGCAAGGUUAGACGAUUUCCGCAUCUGGAAGAUCCUUCUUGAGCUGGCAAUAGGUAUAAAACACAUACACGACUCGGGAUUCAUCCAUCUCGACCUCAAGCCUGCGAACAUCCUCAUCACAUUUGAGGGCGUUCUCAAGAUUGCGGACUUCGGUAUGGCAACCCGCUGGCCAGCAAAGGCUGGCAUCGAAGGCGAAGGAGACCGAGAGUACAUCGGACCAGAGAUUCUGAUGGGUCGAUACGAUAAACCUGCUGACAUAUUUGCACUUGGUCUGAUCAUGCUCGAGACGGCUGGAAAUGUCGAACUCCCAGACAACGGGGUGUCCUGGCAGAAGCUGCGAAAUGGUGAUAUGAGCGAUGUUCCAAGCUUGACAUGGAGUUCUGGAACGAGCGGGAUUCUAAGGGACUCGUCCGGUAACCCGAUCUCUAAAGAGAGUUCCUUUCAAUUCCGCUCGGACAGCGACCAGCACGAUGUGGAAGUGAUGGACGGUGAUGAUUUCGAGCCAACUGUCGCCCGGCCUCACCAAAAGCCCUCACGGUUUGAGCGAAGCGGCGAACUGGUCGAUCCACCUCAGUUUAUGGUGGAUCCCUCGCACGAACAAGCUCUCGACCGAAUCGUGCGCUGGAUGAUAUCUCCAGACCCAAGCGACCGCCCUAUUGCCGACGAGCUGCUCAACACCGAAGGCGUGAGGUGGGCGGAAACGAGGCGGCGUGCAGGAGCGACCGUCUUUGAAGGUAAUUGGGGACCUGCCGAUGAGGUUCUCGCUGAAGAUGCGGAAAUGAUCGAUGUGUAA